ACAGUCUGUUUACAGAGAUUUUCUGGUAAUUUCGUGUACUGUCUUGAACAUGGAAUCCAGCCCGAUGGUCAGAUGCCGAGUGACAAGACGAUUGGCGGUGGCGACGACUCGUUCAACACUUUCUUUAGCGAGACAGGUGCAGGGAAACAUGUCCCUAGAGCAGUCUUCGUUGACCUUGAGCCAACUGUAGUCGAUGAAGUAAGAACAGGAACAUAUCGUCAACUAUUCCAUCCUGAGCAGCUGAUUACAGGAAAYGAAGACGCGGCUAACAACUAUGCCAGGGGUCACUAUACUGUCGGGAAAGAACUUAUUGACAUGGCUCUUGAUAGAAUUCGCAAACUGCGCGAAUGUAUCUCAGUUCAUGUCGGCCAAGCCGGUGUUCAGAUUGGCAACGCUUGUUGGGAGUUGUACUGUCUUGAACAUGGAAUCCAGCCCGAUGGUCAGAUGCCGAGUGACAAGACGAUUGGUGGUGGCGACGACUCGUUCAACACUUUCUUCAGUGAGACUGGCGCAGGAAAGCAUGUUCCUAGAGCAGUCUUCGUUGACCUGGAGCCAACAGUUGUUGAUGAAGUAAGAACUGGAACCUACCGCCAGCUAUUUCAUCCCGAGCAGCUCAUCACUGGUAAAGAGGACGCAGCCAACAACUACGCCAGGGGUCACUAUACUAUUGGCAAAGAAAUCAUCGAUCUUGUGCUUGACAGAAUUCGCAAGCUGGCAGAUCAAUGUACUGGCCUCCAGGGUUUCUUGAUCUUCCAUUCCUUUGGUGGAGGAACUGGAUCAGGUUUUACCUCUCUUCUCAUGGAACGCCUGUCUGUUGAUUAUGGAAAGAAGUCAAAACUUGAAUUUGCAAUAUAUCCAGCACCACAAGUCUCCACAGCCGUCGUAGAGCCAUACAACUCCGUCUUGACCACACAUACCACGCUGGAACACUCCGACUGCGCUUUCAUGGUGGACAAUGAAGCCAUUUAUGACAUCUGUCGUCGUAACCUUGAUAUCGAGAGACCAACCUACACCAAC